GUGACCUGUGGGUGAAGCAGCACACGCUGCAGGAGCAAAGAUGAAGGAGGGAGGAAAAGGGUGGGCGUGGGCGGUCCCUCUCGGGGAUGAAGUAUGCGGCGGCUUCCGCAGCUGGACCCCUUCCCGGGUGUGACGAGGGGCCGCGGCGCCCCGCCCCCACUCCGCCGGCGGUUCCCCAGGUCUCGUUGCCGAGCCCGGGUUUCCAGGCAACAGACUAACGCGUGCGCUGGGCAACCUGGCCCUAGGGCUUGGACUGUGCCCCUGGGCGGGUGGGACGCACCACGGCUGCGGCAGGGGCGAUGGAUGGGAGCGACAUGGAGGACGAGGAGGAGAUCACAGCCGCAACGCUGCGGGGUAAGCCGCGACCGCCGCCCAUCUCGGCGCUGUCCUCCUUCGCCUACGUCCCGCCGCGGCGCCAGGACCCCAAGGAGCACAGCUACUAUAACCGCCCGAGCAAGACAGGGAUUGUUUCCCUCUAUGACUGUGUCUUCAAGAGGAGAUUAGAUUAUAACCAGAAACUGCACCGGGAUGACAGGGAGCACGCCAAAGGUCUGGGUCUUCAUAUCAACGAGGAGGAACAGGAGAGGCCCGUGGGAGUGCUGAUGUCCUCUGUCUACGGGAAGCGCAUCCACCAGCCGGUGGAGCCCCUGAACCGGGACUACGGCCGCACCAACAACGUGCAUGCCGACUUCUACAGGAAGAACGACAUCCCCAGCCUCAAGGAGCCUGGCUUUGGGCACAUCUCUCCAGCCUGAGGCCGUCCUUGCCAGGGUGCCCAGGUUGUGCAGGGAGGGCAGGGAGGAGGCGACAUCUGAGCGCUCUAGGGCUGCACGGGAUGGUGGGAAGGGCACGCAGGUGAGCAGCCUUCCCUCAGGCUGCCUUGGUGUGGCACCCAGCCAGCACCUUCACCCCGUCCUGAGUGUGUCCACCGUGGGAUGUCCCCCUGAACUUAUCUUGUAUUAAAUGGAGACUGUGACAUUGUGAACACAUGAAUAAAAGGAACACUUGGUCCCUGGA